AAUCGGGAAUUUACACGUCAUAUAAUUUAGUUUCCGGUGUAAGAUUUAGUGGUGGCGUGCCUACAAAGCCGAAUCUCAAGCAUUUUUAAAAUUUACACAAGAAAUUAAAGUGUAAAGAAAAUGGAUUUUACAUUCUGGCUCCAUGCCCUGAAUAUGUUGAUGGUAAUAAAACUGUCACUAGGACUGGAUAAAGAUAUGUCAUGUGCAGUUUGCCGAGCUGUUGUAGACGAGGUUAAUUACAGUAUUAGUAAGAUUGAUCCUAAGAGAAAGAUCCAAGUGGGAAGCUUUAGGGUGGAUUCUAAGGGUAAUCAAGCUACAUAUCAAAAAUCAUAUGCAAGAUCAGAAGUGCACUUAUUAGAGAUAUUUGAAAAUUUAUGUGAUAGUUUCAAAGAUUAUGCUGAGACCAAUAAUGAUGCUGGUAAAAGAAGUUUAGGACGAACAAAGGCAAGAGAUGGUAAAACUCUGGCUCUGAAAGACAUCAAAAUAAGUGCAGAUAUACAAAAAGAGCUUAAAUUUAAUUGUGAGACUUUAUUAGAAGAAUAUGAAGAUGAAAUUAUAGAAAUAUUUAGAAAUGAAGAAGAUCAGAAUGAGGAGGAACUGAUAUGUAAAGAUCUGGCAGGUAAAUGUACCGAGGGUGAUUUACAGAUUCCGAUGCCUAAAACAGAGUUUGAUGGAAUGGAUGAACUAAUGAAGGAGGCAGAGGAGGACGAUAAUAAAACAGAUGAGAACAAGUCUACAGAUACUGAUGACGAUGAGCUUGUGAAUGAUUACCUAAAAGACAACGCAGGGAGCAUUCCAGCUGACACAGUAAUUGAUGAUAUACAGAAAGAAAAAGAAGAAUUGUGAUAGAAUAAUGAUAAAAAGAUCUCUUUUGUAUUACCUCCCUUUAAUUCUUAAUGUCAACAUUGAUAAAUGAAUUGAUUUUAUAUGUGGAUGAAUGGAUUGAUGGUUGGAUUUGAGCUUUCUUUGUGACCAAGAGGUGAUUUUGAAUGUACAACAUCGGGUUUUUUAACAUGACGGAAGUGGAAAUAAUAAAACAAAAUGAAAAACAAAACGUUAAAAAAGAAAAGAAACUCUGUCUGUUUUUCUACAUUGAUUAACUUAACUGUGCAAAAUGACCCAAAAAUGAAAAUUGUUAAGAGCUUUUUAUGCAUUUGGGGUAAAAAUAGCAUGAACAGAGUAUAUUUCUUUAUCUUUUGCCUAUUUGUUCAUUUAAAGUUCGACAGUUUAUUUUUGUUAGAAUUUUAAAUUUUAUGUUCUUAAGUUGUUAGGAACUCUUAAGUAGACAAAGUAAUUUAAGGUAGCAUAAUGCACUUACAGUUUCCAUUCAUCAUUUUAACUUAUAAUAUGUUGAUAUAUAUACAAGAAGUUCCAGCAGUAACAAGGUAAAAAUAAGGUGGUGAAAAUGCUAAAUGCAUGUGUACUUUAAGUGUUACAAUUAAAAGUACAUAUAUAUUGAUUGUGAGCAUUUAUUCAUUUAUUACACACUUAAUGUAUUUUUCUUUAAACAUUUGCUCAUCUGAAGUUUAGCAACUCUUUGUGUCUUUAAAACUAGGUCGUGAGUGGUGUGUUGAAUGUUUCUUGGAGAAUGAUACAACUAGAAUUCACAGCAUAAUUUCAUGUUUUUUAUCAACAGUAUCAUGUUUGUUGUAAGAUUCAUGCACUUGUUUUGCCUUUAUUAUGAUAUUCCAUAAAAUUUUCAUGUAAUGAACUGUAUUUUUUGUCGUUAAACCGUAACCUGUUAGAACUGAAAGUGAAUAGCCUUUGCCAGCAGUAUAGAGCCGCCAGGCCACUCUGAACAUCUUGGCAGUUUGCCUGUAACUCUAUUGUAUAAUACAGUAUUUUAAAGGCACAUUAUGUCUCAGAAAUCCAUAUUUUUAUUUAUUUUGAAUUAUCAAACAUGCCUUUAAUAAUGUUUAAAUAAGGGAUUACCAGUAAGAGCAUUUAGAUGUUUUGCAACUGAAAAAAGUAGCACUGAACAUGAAGUUAUGUGUUGUAAAAGGUAGCAAAAUGUAAACAAAGUAGUAAUUUGACUUUUUGCAAAAUGGUAAUUCAGUAUAAUUAUAUUACAUGUAAUUGUAAAUACAACUAAAGAUGCAAAAGAUAGUUUAUGUAUAUAGUAAAUGUGUAUAUUUUAAGAAACUGUAACAAGAUACCAAAAAUAAACCUUUUUUGAGAAAUAAAAGUGAUAGCAUUUCUGCGACAUAAUGAGCCUUUACUAUUCAAAUGGAUUGUUCUAGAUUUAAAGCAAAGGCAAAACCAUUUCACAAAAACAGCAGUUUAUGGACUAAUUGUGUCUUAUGAAUGGCAAUAUUAUGUUAAAGGGACUCCACUGCGGGUUUUUGACAUGAUGGGACUGAAAAAUACUUUAUCCUGAUAAAUGUACCAUUUGAUGAAGGUUUAUAUCACUAAUCUUUUUGCAAAAUUUCAGAUCAUUCGAGCAAUUCGUUUUUUCAGAAUAAUUAUUCAAAUUGUAAAAACUGACUCAAAACUAAAAGCGUUUAAAAGCUUUUCACUCAAAUCGGGCUAAGAAAAGAGUAAAAAAUACGAUUUUCAAUUUAAUUCAAAAUAUGUUUCUUUAGUUUCUUUGCAUAUAUUUCUAUUUAAAGUGCCCAAGCUCAUUUAUGUAAGAAAUUCAAAUGUUAUGUUUUUAGGCUUUUGAACCUCAGUGGAGUCCCUUUAAGUGCGAUUUGAACUUAAUAUAUAUAUCUGUAAUAGUACUAUUUAAAAUGUGUACUUAUUUGAAUGGAAUAAACUUAU